GAGGGAUCUGAUUGGGCUGUAGACAUUGAGCAGAUCAUACCAUUUAAUGCUUUGCAGACUAGAAGAUAUCUAUUUUGAAUUCGCUUUUGUUUUUUUUUAGGAAAUCCUACAUAGAGGGCUUUACAUUAGGCUCAUCUGCUGGAUACAUUAGUUGUGUGAGUGUUGCAUGCCCCAGUGGAUUCUUUGACCAGUGACAAAGUGAAGUGGGCGGGGUCAAACUGCACAGAAACCUGACUUAGGCCUACAGUAAGAAACAAGCUCAACACACAUGACGAAUUGUGCCAAAAUGCAACACGGGAUCGUGAAUGUGACGGUCCGGGAUGUGAGGUUCCCCACUUCUUUGGAGCAACACGGCUCCGAUGCAAUGCACACAGACCCGGAUUAUUCAGCUGCAUAUGUGGUCAUCGACACGGACAGCGGACUGAAAGGCUUCGGCCUCACCUUCACCUGUGGAAAAGGCACCGAGAUAGUGGUUUGUGCUGUGAAGGCUCUGUCCGGGCUGGUUGUUGGGAAAUCCCUGCAGGAGAUCGUGAGUGAUUUCCGUGGAUUUUACCGCCUCCUGACCAGUGACAGUCAGAUGAGAUGGUUGGGCCCGGAGAAAGGAGUGAUCCAGCUGGCCACCGCUGCCGUCCUCAACGCUGUGUGGGACCUGUGGGCGCGAGCGGAGUCCAAGCCGCUGUGGAAGCUGCUUGUCGACAUGGAUCCCAAGCAGAUGGUCUCCUGCAUCGACUUCAGAUACAUCACAGACGUGCUCACGGAGAAGGACGCUCUCGACAUACUCAUGAGAGCGCAGGAGGGCAAGCAGCUGAGAGAGGAUCAAAUGCUGAGGGAGGGUUACCCUGCCUACACCACUUCCUGUGCCUGGCUCGGAUACUCAGACCAGCAGCUCAGACAGCUCUGCACGGAUGCUCUCAGAAGCGGCUGGACCAAAUUCAAAGUGAAAGUCGGAGCAGAUCUGGAGGACGACAUCCGCAGGUGCCGCCUCAUAAGGGAAAUGAUUGGACCUGACAACACCUUGAUGAUCGACGCCAACCAGAGAUGGGACGUAGCCGAGGCCAUCAGCUGGGUGUCCAGCCUGGCCCAGUUCAAACCUCUUUGGAUCGAGGAGCCCACGUCGCCUGAUGACAUCCUGGGUCACGCAGCCAUCUCAAAGGCUUUGGCUCCUCUCGGGAUCGGGGUGGCAACAGGAGAGCAGUGUCACAACAGGGUGAUGUUUAAGCAGUUCCUCCAGGCCUCGGCUCUGCAGUUUGUCCAAAUAGACAGCUGUCGGGUGGGGAGUGUCAACGAGAACCUGGCUGUAAUGCUAAUGGCCCACAAGUUCCAGGUGCCCGUUUGUCCUCACAGCGGAGGAGUCGGCCUCUGCGAGCUCGUCCAGCAUCUCAUUCUGUUCGACUUCAUCGGUGUGUCGGCUAGUCUCAGCGGCCGAAUGUGUGAAUAUGUUGACCACUUGCACGAGCACUUCACCAGCCCUGUGGUGAUACGUGACGCCCACUAUGUGCCCCCCAAGGAUCCGGGAUAUUCUUGCGAGAUGUUGGAGUCUUCAGUGCAGAGACACGAGUACCCUGAAGGAGAUGUUUGGAAGCAGCUUCUGAACAAAUGAGGAAUUUAUCUUUAAACAUCUUACUGUAAAACUUCAAAUAAAAGCACAUUUUAAGGCCCA